GCUUUAAAGUGGACACUUUAAAGCGUGUCGUUCGCGCCGUCGGUCCCGAAAGCAAAAUCUUUUUUGCAGAACAAAGUAUAGUUGUCAAUACCCGAACCAAGUUGUAACUACAAUACAUGUGAACGAAAAAGAUUUAAAAUGGCUUUGGUUUGUUCAAUUAGUGGAGAAGUUCCCGAACAUCCUGUUUUAUCACCAAUUUCAAAGCAUAUAUUUGAAAAACGUUUAAUUGAAAAGUUUAUUGCCGAAAAUGGCACUGAUCCUAUUACUGGAGACAUCUUGACUGAAGGCGAACUUAUUGAAUUAAAAACUACUCCAAUUACAAAACCAAGGCCUCCUUCAGCAACAAGUAUACCUGCAAUAUUGAAAUCUUUGCAAGAUGAAUGGGAUGCAGUUAUGCUACAUAGUUUUACUUUACGACAACAACUCCAAGCUGCUCGACAAGAAUUAUCUCAUGCUUUGUAUCAGCAUGAUGCAGCAUGCCGUGUCAUUGCCAGGUUAACAAAGGAAGCUACUGCAGCCAGAGAAGCACUUGCAACACUUAAACCUCAGCAAACUGGCAUAUCACACCAUACCGCAUUGGCAGCACAGAAAGCAAGCAAAGCAAAGGUUGAAGAUAUGGACUCUUCUGAGCCUAUUGAAGUUGGUAUGUCAGAAGAUGUUCUUCAAAAGUUGCAAGAUAAAGCAACUGAGCUGACAACAGAGAGGCGCAAGAGAGGCAAAAAGGUUCCAGAGGAUCUUACUUCUGUUGAUGAUGUGCGUUCGUUCAGACAAAUUGCAUCACACCCUGGUUUACAUAGCGCAAGUGUACCUGGUAUUCUUGCACUUGACUUGCAAGAAUAUGAUACAUCGAAGGCUAUUACUGGUGGUAUGGACAAGAAUGCUGUUGUGUUUAAUAAAGAAAAUGAACAAGUUGUUGCAACUCUAAAAGGUCAUACAAAGAAAGUUACCUCUGUUAUUUAUCAUCCUCAUGAGGAAAUCGGAAUUACAGCAUCAGCUGACAACACUGUCAGAGUUUGGAGUAUACCUAACAGUUCUUGUGCCUAUAUUAUUAAGGCUCAUGAUGAUGCUGUUACAGGUCUAAGUUUACAUGCAACAGGCGACUAUGUCCUAACAUCUUCAAGAGAUCAGUACUGGGCAUUUUCAGAUAUUCAGACAGGAAAAAUCCUUUGCAAGAACAUUUCAGACCCUAACGCAAAUCAUGGUUUAACUUGUGCACAGUUUCAUCCUGAUGGUUUAAUUUUUGGUACUGGAACAACAGAUAGUGUUAUCAAGAUUUGGGAUUUAAAGGAAAGAGCUAAUGUUGCCAACUUUCCUGGUCAUUCAGGUCCUAUCACCUCCAUUGCUUUUUCAGAGAAUGGUUAUUAUUUAGCAACUAGUGCUGAUGAUUCCGUUGUUAAGCUAUGGGAUUUAAGAAAGUUGAAAAAUUUCAAGACCAUCACAUUAGAUGAAAGUGAUGAGAUUAAAUCGUUAGCAUUUGAUAAAAGUGGUAAUUAUUUGGCUGUGGCUGGUACAAACAUUCAAAUAUAUGUAGUUAAACAAUGGGAUCUUCUACGAACUAUUACAGAUCACACCGGUAUAGUUACUGGAGUUAAAUUUGGCAAAAAUGCUUCCUUCCUGGCUUCGACUAGCAUGGAUAGAAAUUUAAAGUAUUACGCUCGAUAAAGGGUUUUCUUUGUACAAAAUCGACUUUUUAAAUACUUCUUUGCUUUAUUUUUA